AUGUGGGCAAUCUGGUAUGCCCGAAACAAACAGUACCAUGAAGGAAAUAUCACUAUGAGCAGAGAAUUAACCACAUUUAUCCUUGCUCACUGCAAAGAAUAUUCGUUAGUGAAUGCUCAAAUCCAGACCCAUCCGCCUCCAAAUCAAACUGGAUUGCUCCCACCAAAUGCUUCAUGGGUGAAGGUAAACUUUGAUGCCAGCUUCUCUCAUACAAACAAAAAAGCUUGGUCAUGUAUAAUCAUAAGAGACAGUAUGGGAGAAAUAUUGGGGGCUGCAAAACGUAAAAUCCAAACGGCUACCUCUGUUUUUGCAGCGGAGGCAACAACGACAGUCCAUGCAAUCCAAUUCACAAUUGACUUAGGAUGUACGAGGGCUAUCUUUGAAGGGGACUCUAAAACAAUCAUUCAGAAAUUGCAAUCAGAUGAGGAAGACCUUUCGGAGGUGGGUGCAAUGAUCUGGGAUGGCAAGUUUUUGGCCUCUAAGCUACAUACAGCGACGUUUAACUUCACUCAAAAAGGAGAGAAUAAAAGAUAA